UAUCAUUGUAAAGCAUCAGGUCAUACUUUGAAAAAGAAAUUUGACUAUUGAAGCCCGUUAUUCUCGACCAAUCAAUUCAAAUUUGAUCUACCUUUUGCGCUUUGAGAAUUAGUAAUCCUUCAGGGACUAUAGCGUUGUUACCUACCUACCCCUAUUCAAUUAGGCUUUCAAGCCACGAUGACAGCGAUCACCGGUAGCGUAGCUGAGAUCGCUCACUCAUGCUCUAUAUGCAACCAAGUAGUCGUAAAUCUGGAUGAUCGAACCCAAAGUCACAUCCUAGGUCAACUAGGAGAGCUGAAGCAGCAAGCUGGCGCAGAGAGUUGUGCGCUGCUACAGCAAUACAUUAGCGUCACGAAAGCAGGUCCGGAGACAAACGUUGAGCUCCGCCUGGGCCGCUACCGAAAUCGUAAAGAUGACAUGCGAGCUAUCGUUGCAAGAGAAGGAUGGAACGAUGACGAUGAAGAACAAAGCCAGCAGGCGCAAUACUAUCAUGUUUAUACACCCCCAAAUGACCCUUCCAAUAAAGCCCUUCCCAUCCAACCCCCUGGCUUGGAUAUCGGUUCAGAGCGAGCUUUUGAGAAGGCUCGUCAGUGGCUGAAGACCUGCUGUAAUAAGCAUUCGACGUGUCCAAGCCCCAAGAGAAGCCCUCUGCCUACGCGGGUCAUUGACGUCUCGGCUGAAACACUGCGCCUUAUUGAUACGCGUGCAGAAGGGCUCAAACAUGGGAUGUACGUAACCCUGAGUUAUUGCUGGGGCGGGCCUCAGCCAGUAACAACCACCAAGGCAACACUGCAGCAGAACUUGCGAAUGAUACCUUCAGAUGAAUUACCGCAGACCAUCAAGGAUGCGAUUACGGUCACUCGGGCGCUAAAAGUUAAGUACAUCUGGAUAGAUGCUAUUUGUAUUGUUCAAGAUGAUCCUGAAGACAAGUCGUUGGAAAUCAGCCGGAUGACGGACAUCUACAACCGUUCAUAUGUGACAAUAUCCGCUGGUACGGCAUCGACCUGCCGUGACGGCUUUCUCCAGACACGACAAUUAGAGAAGACACCUAUCCGUCUUCGUGCAGAGUUCUCGCGCAAGAAGAAAGGCAGUGUGCUGCUUGUGAUUGACCCCGAUAGAGAUGAACCGAUCCAUAAGCGUGGAUGGACGAUGCAAGAGCACCUCUUGGCACCGCGCCUACUGAUGUUCGGGUCAUUGUGCAUGGAGUUUCGUUGUUUAAGCGGCAACGAGCGCGAUGGGGGCACAGUCCUUCCCUUCGAUGUACAGCAACACGGAAUGCCAGUGAUGGAAGGCCGAGUAGCAUCUGUGCUCUACUCUGCCAAGUACGGUGGUGUCCCAGAUGCGCGUCGCAAGAAUGUCUUGAAGCUCAACACAUUCCUGUAUCGAACUGGUCUCAUGUCACUCGCGCUUCGGAUCACUGGAGAACAGGAUCAGCAGCAAGGUAUCUUAAUCGAGCAAUGGGCGAGCAUCGUCGAAGCGUAUACGCAGCGCAGUCUUGGGUUUUUAGAUGAUAGAUUGAAUGCCAUCUCUGGCAUCGCAAAGAAGAUGCAUCGUGCAGAGCUGGGCGAGUAUUUAGGAGGUAUCUUCAGUUAUGCCCUCCUUCCGCAGCUCAUGUGGGCACGAGCUGAGGGACAGCUGCCGUUACCGCGACCCUCCCAGGGUUAUAGGGCGCCAUCUUGGUCCUGGACUUCUAUCGACGGCCAAGUGAAUUUCAAGAACCAUAUGUGGAGCACGCUGGAGGUGACGGCGAAUCUUAUGGAAUUCCACAUCCAGCCUAAAUCGGGCGUGGAGAAAUAUACCAAGUACAUCUCUGGCCUAAUACGAAUAUCUGGGAAGGCGACUAUUUUGAAGCUGAUGAGGAGCCCAGAAGACUCUGAACUAGUCGUACCACAAAGCCACACUAAUAUAUCGCUCAUCUUGGACGCCCUGGAGUUUCAGAACGUCUCCUCACUCGAUGUCUCCUUAUUACAAAUACUAAAUGAUUCUGGAGUCAUUAGGAGCUUGGUGCUGCAAGGUAAGGAUGAUGGGACAUUCCAACGAAUAGGAUAUUGCGACAUGCCACAAUAUGGUGACCAGACUGCGAAGCUGCGAGCAGAUUGGUUCGAGAAGGAAUUCUCUAUAGUCUAGUAGCAUAGCUCAUC